AGAGGGAGGGAGGGAGGGAGGGAGAAGAAGAGGCCGGUUUCUAGCAUUUCCGCGGCUCCCUCUUCAGCACCGCCUGCUUGGGAAGGACCUUCACCCCAGAGGGCGCGCGCGAUUUGCUCACCCGGCGCGGCCUCUGGGACUCGACUGGUGGGGUGAAAAAAAAGAUUCGGUAGCGGCUGCGGAGGAAGGAGCCAAGCGGGGAGGAAAACCGCGGGAGCGUCGCGGCUCAAGGUCACUCCGGGCGUCAGCAAACCGGCACUCGCGGCCAGAGGAAAGCGCCCAGCUUCCCGGACCCCACGACGCAGAGCCCGCCGAGAAAGGAGAAGGGUCUCUCCGGUGUAAGGCCUACUAAAGAGUUAUGUCAUUCUGAUCUUCAUAGAAGAAAACAGAUUCUAUUUCAGUUUGAAGGAGGAUUUCAUAUUACAAUAAUAAUGUAUUCAGUUCCUCGCUCCCUAUCUGGAAUGGAAGGAGAUAAUGGACAUCCUAGGAAAUUUAUCUCUUUCCUUUUUGUUUUUGGCAUUACAUUGUUAUGUGCUGGAUUUUUGCUAUCAAUGUUUGUUUUGCAGACAUGUCCAAGUGGAGCCUUUGGUGACUGUAAGGGAGCUUUCAAAAUCAUUGGGCCUCUGCUUGCAGUUGUUGGACUAGUUUGUAUAAUUUUGGCACAAUCGAGAGCCAAAGAUUAUCUCAGAGAUGUGCAAUUGCAAGACGAUCAAGUAUAUGGAUUUGUUUUUUGUCGAGGAAAUUGUCAGUUUGCUCAGUUUCUCGUCUUUGGGUUUUUAUUUUUAACAAGUGGGAUGCUCAUUAGUGUCCUUGGCAUAUGGAUUCCGGGAUGCAGUCCAGGAUGGCGCUAUCAGCAGUUUAACCAUAGCAAUACAUCUGGCGUUGAACUCCAGGACUGUGGGUUUCAUUCUGUUCAAACUAUGGGCCCUUUAAUUGUGCUUAUUGGAUUAUGUUUCUUUGUAAUAGCUCACAUUAAAAAGAAACAAAAUUUAAACCUUAUACAAGAAUCUUCAGUCAGUGAAGAACAACUGAACUCUGAAUCAUUUCAAGUUACAGUAGGUGAUACUGUAAUGGUUUUUCCUCCACCACCACCACCUUAUUUUUCUGAUUGUUCAUCACAGACCAUAACUCCUAGCUUGGUAACAAGCGAACUUAUUUUAAACGAAAAUCCUCCACCAUAUCACAGUAUUUUUAUUAAUUGAGUAUUGAGUUGUGAACAACAGGCCUAAAGAGAGAAUGAGUUCCACUGUAUCAGAAAACAGUUUGCCUUUUAAAACUUAAUCAGUUCAUUGUCAUUCCUCUGAGUCAUCUCAGAAUUACAAGGCAAAAGAAGCAGCUGUAAAUAAUGAAUGUGUCUUGUCUUCCUCUCCCUUCCAUACUCAGCUAAUCCAUUACCAUCUGCUUAUCACCAACUAUAAGAAAUAUUCAGAGCUGAAGCAGAAAGACAGGGGAAGGAACAGGUAUAAACAAAGACAAGAAAAGAAAAAACUACAGGAAUUCCAGAUAAAAAUAAGAUGAAAGGAGAAUGAAAAAAGCUACACCUGCAUUUCCUCCACCCAUUAAAGAGAACAGUAGGUUGUACAUUAGGAAUGUGGAACCUUUUUCAAGUCAAAGGCUUCCUCCAGACAUAUAGAAUAUUUUGGGGGUUUUACAAAGAAAGUGACUGGAACAUGGAUCGGGGGAAAUGGGUUUCCCAGAAACAAGUGGCUACAUUUAUUUCCUACAAGACAAAGGAAACGUUAGUGAUUGUUAGUGUAAAAUAAAUUGUACCCUUACCUGUAAGAUACUUUGCCAUCCAGGCCACUUCUACAACAAAUGUAUAUUUGUUAACUUGCACAUCCAUUUUUCUUAUUGUUCCUACGGCAGGGAUAGUAGCAGUAGCAGCAGCUCAAUUUCAUGGAGGCUGCUUGAAAUCCAGAGGAUAUCCUGAAAGAUACUUUGACAUCUUGAGUAAAAAAGGGGAAAAAAGGGGGAACCAGGAAGUUGGCUGAACACCCUGCUGAAGUAGGAAGACAGAAUGAGAAAAAAAAAAUGGACAACACAGUAGUUUUACAGGCUUAUUUGCUGGUGUUAUAAUCCAGCAGUUCAUGGGUGUUAGAAAGGUCAGGGAAGUAUGAAGCCUCCAGACGUUUUGGAAACUUCAUUUGCUGAGUGAGCAAGAAAGGAUUGCUGAGGGACAAACAAGUGAGUUGGAAGCUUUGCUGCCAUAAAAGUCACCUGACUGCUCACCAAGCAGCCAAGUAAAGGGAGAGAGACAUUCCUCUAUGGAAGGUAAGGAAGAAGAGAGGUGCGGUGAUAGCAGCAGUGGGAAGAUGUGCACUGUGGUGCUUCUUGAAGAGAUUGGUAUUUCAUAGGCUUGGCAGCAAUAGAGAAUUAGGAAAGUGAGGGAACAGGUACAUAUUGUGACUUCUUGGUUCACUGUGCUAUGCUUCAAAGGUAAGCAGAGGGCACAGAAAAAGGACAGCAAAGAAGUAUGAACCUCUGACAAUCCUUGACAGUGCUGGGAUAUGCUAGUGCCACUAGUAGUAGUAGAUGGCCCACUCUUCAUGAGCCACAGGCCACACACUUUCAUUUCAGAGGCCAACCAUACUGCAGCAAAAGCCAGGACAGAAUGCCUGUAAGUGGUAAACUCCCAAUUUCUAAAGAAUUAUUCAAGAAAGGAACCAUCAUAAACACCCCUGCAUGAGAUUUAAAUACUCAGAACAAAUCAACUAUUAUCUUGACAAUUGUUAGGUUCAACUUAGACUAGAAAAAAUUCUGAAAAGUUUACAUGUCUUUUUCCUCUUUUUUCCCUGCUGUAAAGGCCCAGAAGACAUGAGAUACUGAAGGUAUCUAUAAGUGUGACAUUUUAAUUUAUUAAAUAUCAUGAUGCAAAGUGGCAUAUAGUGUCUUAAACAUUUGAUGCCUCAAAUGACACAUUUCACCUUCCAGAAUUAAGGGCCUCAGUGUAGUAAUGAGGAAUAAUUAUGAAAGAAACCAUAAUGUGGAGAUUAAGGAGUUGGACCAGGAGUGGGGAGAUUCAAGUCAAAUUCAAGUCCAUUCUGUUCAUCCAUGAAAGUUCUUUUCUUUAUUUAAUUGAAUUACUGACUGCCUUGAUUACCAAACCAAGUCUAGGCAGUGUACAAUGAUACCAAUAUAUUAAAAAGAAAUCUAACAAUAAAAAAGAUAAAUCACAUCAGGAAACCAACAAUGUACAAACAUACGUCACAAGUGCACUCCCAGAGUCUGCUAAAAGACCCAGGACCAUCUCAAGGCUUUCCUAUAAUGCAAUAUGCUGAUUUAAGCAGCUAUUCUAAAAGGUAAGAACAACUCCAGGAUGCCAUGAGAUGAUACUGCUUUGCCAAAGGGACCUAGAGCAUGCCAAUCCUGCCAGAUCUUAUUGGACAGGUAAAAAUGGGAAAAAUUGUAUUGUCCAGGCCUCAAGGUAUAAAGGGCUUUAUAGUGACAACUAUAAUAUAGCGGCAACUUGAAUUAUAUGUGGAAGCUAACUAGUAAAGUAUCUAGAGGGCAGUUUGGGCCAUUUACUCAUUCCAAGCUCAAUGCUGUGUAUCUGUGAUGGAGAAAAAUAGGUAUUGUACUAUGCUUAGAUAUCAGUGCAUACCAAAUAAAAACAGUAUUAUUGAA